GGUAUACCUAGAUCAAUACAUACAUGGUUUAAUUGAAAAUCUUCCGCAUCUUCUUUCCAAUGGAUCUGAUAUAUCAUAUAUAGGUUGGCAUGGUAGCACAGACCCAGUUCUAUAUUCUACGUCUUUCUUUAGUAUCUCGAUAAAUCCGAUAUGUGAAAUCGCAAUCGGCAGGCACAAGAGUGAAAUGCUGUGUUGGCUCAUCUUCAUUAAUCUGGUGCUGAUAGUCUCAUCGAUGUCGUCUCCCGGAGAAUUCGUCAAUCCGAGUGCAGAGGCGACUCAAAAUCCGGUCUGGGUGACUGGAACUCAGCAAAUCUUAUCGUGGGAAACGAAUCUUAGAAACUACACAAUCGCACUAUGGAAUCAAAACUCGGAUAGAAGCGGAUACUCUAAGGGUCCAGCCCUCUUGGAAUCCUAUGAUGGAAAUACGUCACUAAACUGGACAGUUCAGACAUACGCCUUUUCAUUAUCUGUAUCUCCUGUAUUUUAUCUACUACUUGAACCCGGGACUCUCAACGAUAACGGAAACACCACUAUACCAACCAGCCAAUCUAUCGUCUCGCAUACUUUCAACAUAACCUCCACGAUACCGAGUGCAGAAGGAGACAAGAAAGAUCACAAGCUGGGACUUAUCCUCGCCUUAUCCCUGACCAUCCCAUUCGUUCUUAUAUGCACCGCAUUAGCCAUCUACCUCAUUCGCUCGAGACGACGACGCCGGCGUGCCCUUGAAAAUCCACCGCACUAUCAAUACCCCUAUCAUGUUGGAUUUCGACACCGGCCGAAUCGAUUCUUUGCCACAAGCAGCUCCCCUACUGCAUUUACCUUUCCAGAUCAAGAAGACUCUCAGGAUCGGAGGCGGAAAGGUCGCAAAAGCAGUAAUAACAGCAAUAACGGCAUUUACUUUCCGCCUCCUCCGACCACUCCAAAGUCGCCUCUGUCAUUCGCAUCUAGUCUCAAAAGCCUGCGUGGCCUCAAGGGGAAUACGAUGAGUCCAGGUCAAAACACAAUUAAUAGUUAUCGCUUUAGCCCAACAUAUCCCCCAAGUCAUCCUCGAGGCCCUGGCGAAUACCAUCAAACUAAUCCACACAUCUCACCUACAUAUUACCCUCUGCAAAGGAUUCCGUCACUUACCUCUACAGAAGCUGGGAAUCCACACAUUCAACAAUUACAAGAAGCGCAAGAAGAGCUUGCUAUCGAGCGUCAAAAACAAGGGCCACGAAUGGGUUACCAGUCUCCAGAGAUAAGUCCAUACGACGAACCUCGAGUCGGACAAGACCACGCUGAUCAGAAAUGGGUUAUUAAACCCUAUGUGCCACCGGAAAUGCCAGCGUCUGUCAAGAAGAGAUAUAUUGAAGAGCAGGCCGAAGAUAGAAUUGCGAGAAGAAAAUACGAUUAUGAUCAGCCGGAUGAACUGUGGUAGGGAAUAAUGAAUGGUGUUUGGACUCAAAGGCGAUGUGAGCUGUGGCACAAUUUCGCUUAAAGUUUGUCAUCCCGUCUUCAUGGCAAUUUUCACUUCUUUUGUAUAUAAUUUAAUUCGCGACGGAGAAUUUUUUGGACAUUGGAAUACCUGUAGAGACUAUAUGGAGGGCGUCUUUAGGGACGCCUAAUCAGAGGAGAUACCCAAACAUGCAACGGCUAAUCACGAAGCCAUUAUUUCAUAACCUAUCAUAUAAUUCAAGAAGAAACAAGUUCAAUUCAUCUUUUUUCCA